AUGUCCACCGGCGGCCUUUCGGAUGCUUCGCUGAAGUACUUCGAAGGGAAGCACAUUCAAGCGCUCUUAGACGAGGCUAUGCGGGACGUGCUGCGGGAAAUGCCGGACGACCCCUUGGCGUACCUUGAGGAAGCCCUCCGGCGGCCUACACCCCUCCGCCUCGUGAUCUCUGGCUUCCCGGGCUGCGGCAAAGGAACGCAAUGCCAGCGCCUUGCCGCCCAUUACGGAAACGUUCGCCACAUCACCGCUGAUGAUCUCCUCCAGCCGAAGCCCACCGACGGCUCGCCCGAGGGCGUUGCCGUGUCAGACGAAACGGUCGUUGGCACUGUCGUGGAGAGGAUUCAAGCGGCCGAGGAGGAGGGUGUCGGUUGGGUUCUUGAUGGGUUCCCGAGCACUCAGGCGCAGGCGAUCCGGCUGCAGGCGGCCGGCGUGUCGCCUCAGCGGUUUCUUUUUCUGGACGUCCCCGAAACGGUUUGCGCAGCGCGCUGCCUUGAUGCGCAGGUAGGCGAAUCCCCCACCGCAUUGAAGGGCCGAAUGUCAUACUUCACAGCAAGGAAAGACGAGCUGGUGGACUGCUACCGCCCAUUCUACGUCCGCGUGGACGGAAACAGAAGCGCUGACGAAGUGUUCUCUGAGAUUUGUGCUCAGUGCGACGCAAUCGACAUCGCGAAGUAA